CUCACCACACCACGCGCUCUCUCUCUCUGCUCUUUCGUUCCCUAAGUCUUUAUUCUUUAUUCUUUUUAUUUCGUCGCUCAAGGUUCUGGUAAUCCAUGGCGUCAAAAGCGGCUCACAAACGGCUCACCAAAGAGUACCUGGCAAUGCAGAAAUCAGCUCCUCCGUUCGUCUGGGCAUCUCCAGACGAGAAGAAUAUAUUGAACUGGCAUUACAUCCUUCGAGGACCACCGGACAGCCCCUAUCACGGUGGGGAGUACUAUGGACUACUUACCUUUCCCUCCGACUAUCCCUUCAAGCCUCCAGGUAUCAAGAUGUUUACCCCGAGCGGACGAUUCCAGCCGGACAAGAAGAUCUGUACGAGCAUGAGCGAUUAUCAUCCGGGAACGUGGAACCCUGCCUGGAGUGUGGCUACGAUUCUCACUGGUCUGUUGUCGUUCAUGCUGUCGGAUGAGAUCACCACAGGGUCGAUCACUACCACGGAUCUGGAUAAGAAGAUGUUCGCGAAGAAGAGUCACGAGUUCAAUAGGGCGAACAAGAAGUUCAGGGAGCUUUUCCCAGAUUUUUCGGAGGAAGCGAUGAAGGACCUACCGAACAUGGGUGAAGUGCCUAAGAGUCAAGAAACGAAAGAUGCUGUCGCUUCUGCCGAGACGAGCACGUCUGUUUCUCCGGCCGUUGCGCCACAAGACACGACCGCAAGUACCAAGGUCCCCGUGCCGCAACCGGGUGCAGGGACAGUAAUAGCCAGAGGUGCUGAGCAUGCGCCGGUGCCCGGUGGCGCUAUUUGAUCGUCAUUGCGCUUGCGGUCCUCGUCAGUCGCAUGUUGUCCAAGUAGCUGCGCAAGAGUAGAGCUCAGACAUGCAUGUUGUCGCUGUUACUGGGCAUUUUGUGCCUUGACAGGCUUCCGAACUUCAAUUCCUUAACACUCCCCUACCUCACUUCUGUACGCGUACACAUCAUUCAAGGCCUUGUAACUUUUACAGCUUCAUCACUUCUACGGAUAAUGUACCGGAUGCUGAC